AUGCGGCGAGCUUCACGACCCUGCCUUCCAGACCAGAAAAGGAAGUCCUUGCACGACUUUGCGCUCACGAUUGCUCCAGCAUUAUACACUGCAUACUACAGAGGCAAAGAGGAACUGGAGAAUUUCAUCAAUCUUGCUAUGGUAUACUGGCUCAGAGUCUGGCCAGAGGAGAUGGAGAUGGUUGAAUCGAACAAUGUCAAAGCACUGAAAGUGGCGCAGCAGGAUUGGCGGAAAAGAGUUCAGGAAAUCAGACAGUUGCUCAAGUUUGAACUUAACUACAAGGCAUGGGAAUACGAGACUGAAGAUUACAACCGCAACAACGAUCCCUUUGCCAGUAUUUCUUGGAGAAGGGCAAUGGAACAAUUGCUGGAGGAGGAUACUGAAUGGAAAUCAUACCCUCAAGCACUGUAG